AUGUCGCCGAAGGAGGCGUUGCGGCUGGCGCUGGCGGACUUAGACGCGAGCGGUUGGUGGGCGGUGAUCUCGAGCGGGAUCGUGUUCGGGACGUUUCUGCUGGAGACGUACAACGUCUCCAGCCUCGGUGGUUGGGACAUCUUGUAUCGAGAGGACAUUCCGUGGUACACUGGCAUCAUUUCCAUGGAUUCGCUCAUAUCCAUUGAAGACGCGUACAACUUGCUCUUUUUAUUCGAGCUUUGUCUCCGCGCGUACGCCGCGGAUUUUAGUCCCAAGUUUUGGUUGAAGCCGGUGACAGUCGUGGACGUCGUCAGCACGGUCCCACCGUUGCUGGCCAUCUUUGACGUCCUCGGCAGGAGCUCGCCGGUGUAUCGUUUCCUUCGGUUGCUUCGUGUGCUGCGUUUGUUGCGUCUCUUGGAUCGCUCAACCGAUUCCGUGCUGUUCGGGUUGGUGAAAAGUGAUAGUAUGGGGGUGCAGCUCAUAGGUAUCGGCUCCGAGUUCGUGUGCAUCUUUGUCAUCGCCGCGGGAGUAAUCUAUGACUUGGAGUACGGCGUCAACCCGAUGGUGCACAACCUGAACGACACGCUGUACUGGGCGAUUUUGACCCUCACUGGUAUUGGACAACCGUUCGAGGUCGUCACGGCUGGCGGACGCGUCGCGACGGUCAUAUCUAUCGUCGUCGCGCUCAUCGUCGUUCCAGGACAGCUCGCAAAGCUCGCCGCGAUUAGCGGUGCGCAGGAUCUGAUGAAGAUGAUGGACGACGACGACGACCAGGAUGUCGACGGUUUCGUCAGACUUUCAUCCAGCGGUGAGGAGGGUGCAUCGAGUCAGAGCCGGCGUACGGUGUUCGACGAUCGCGAGUGUCAGCAGUGUGGGUUGACGAUGCACGAGCGAGACGCUCGAUUUUGUCGACGUUGCGCAGCUCGACUUGACGAUCCCGCGAAGACGGACGCUUCUUACGUGCGGUCGGCGAAUCGACAGCGGGCGCGGGCCCCCGCGCAGUCUUUCAACCUUCCGGGAAUGCGACUUGGCAUAGAUACCACAAGCUCGGUAUCCAAUUCGGCGAAAGAAAUUCAGCGCCGAGCUCGGCGUGAAUAA